AUGGUCUCUUGUAUCGCCGACCUGAACACGCCUGUCACCGCCGAGUUCGUCUUUGGCUUAGUGGCGAAUACGUUCGGGGUCACCACUCUCGGGCUUGUCGAGCGUUUACGCUCUUCGCGUCCUUCGAUUUACCCCAACAUCGAGAAGUCGUGGCCUGUGAUCGGCGAGCGUGUUUACAGACGAUCCGUCCGCAUGCUGUUUGCUGUCCUUCCUCACUUGCAUCCGGGAAGCAUGCGGGCGUUGAAGCCCUCUCUUCGGGAUGGGCUUGUCCUGCUCAAAUUGCUGGUGGAGAGGUUCUAUGGGAUGCCCGAUUGCGACGACAUCCUAGUCCAGUAUUUGAACGCGUUUAUCCCAUUUCUGGGCGGUCAACCCGAGUAUCGUACCUUGGAAGGUCUGAGCGUGGAACUGCUCAGCGCUCCGGGUCAGGAGGCCGAGGUGGCGCCAUGGCGAGAAAUCGUCCGCACAGAGGACGUGGAACGCCUCCUCAAGCUUGCGAUGAUGGAUCGGUACGGCUACCAACUGCACCUCCCAGCGGCAGCAAUGACAUUGGAUUUUCUGCCUUCUCUCGAUUCGCGGCACAUCGCAUCAUUGGAGAAACUACCGGCCACGUUCUGCCAAUGCUUGCGAUACCAUGUCUCGCGUUGCAAUGACCAGGAGAAGCCUUACAAUCUCUACACUUAUCUUGCAUCGGCCUACGUCCGCACUGAGAGACACGCACGCCGUUAUGCAGAGGAGACACCCAUCACAGACCGUACGGCGACGGGAAACUUGCGCAUAUGUAGUGCGGUAGCAAGGUUGACCAGGAAAGGCUUCAGAGCGCCGAGGGAGCUAAUCCUCGCACUUGACAAAAGCGCUGAGCUCGGACUGUACGAAGAAAUGGAUUACCAGGAAUUCUACGAGUGGCAGAAGGACGGCAUGGUGCUGGAAAUGCGAUCGCCCAACAAUUUUCUGUGCGCACUGCGCAACCUGUACGAGAUCGGCGCAGAACCAGAACCACCUGCACCGCGAUCACGGGCAAGCAGCUUGGUGUCCGUGGCCCGCCCGACCUCUUCACUGGAGUACCUUAUGCCUUCUCGGCAAUGGACAUCCUUGAGCGAGUCUCGCCAAGAGAGCAUUACCCAUCAUGCGCCUCCGCCUAGUACAAGCUCAGCAAUCGUCGUUCCUGUGAUAAUCGUAUCCAACGCGGACGCUAUCUCCGACGACGAUAUCACAGUCACUCCGCCGAUCUCUGGCUCAGAUUCCGCCUACACAGAACAGGCCGAGCCUGAGGCUAAAACCCUCGAGGCAGUCGCGGAGCCUGCAAAGCACCGACCAGAGCUCGAGCGCGGAUCGUCGAUAGAAUCGAUGGACAGCGUAGCCAGCUCAGCGCCAUUGUUGGGAAGGGCCGACCCGUGA